AUGAUGACGACGGAGAAAAAAAAUUAUACUGAAGAUGUUGAUGAUAAUUAUGCUGAUAAGGUUGAAUCUGAUGAGGAAGACGACGAUAUAUAUAAGCAAAAUGACGGGGCCUAUGGAGGUGGUGGAUAUAGCUAUGAUGACGAAGAUAAUGCUAUUGAGGUUCAUGCUGAGGUGGAUGAUCAUAGACAGGAUGAAUUCAGUGAUAAUGACCAUGAUGAUGAUGAUGAUGAUGAUGAUCAUGAUGAUGACGAUGAUGACGAUGAUGAUGAUGAUGAUGAUGAUGAUGAUGAUGAUGAUGAUGAUGACUCAGAGGAUGAUGGUGAGGAUGAUGACGAUUCGGAUGAAAAUGAUGAGGAAAAUUCAGAUAGUGAUGACGAUGAUGAUGACGAUGAUUCGGAUGAUGAUUCGGCUCAUAAAGAUGAAGAUGAUGAUGAUGAUGAUGACAUCGAUGAUGCUGAAUCGGAUGAUGGUGAUUCGAAUUAUGAGGAUUCGGAUGAAGAUGAUGAAGCUGACGAUGAUGAGGACGAUGACGAUGAUGAUGAUGAUGAUGAUGAUGACGAUGACGAUGACGAUUCGGAGGAUUCUGAAGACGAUUCGGAUGACGAUGAUUAUUCGGAUGUUGAUGAUGAUUCUGAUGAUCAUUCGGAUGACGAUGCUGAUUGGGAUGAUAAUAAUGAUGUACAUGAUGACGACGAUGUUAUUGAUGAUGAUGAUGACUCAAAUGAUGAUGCUGAUGUUAAUGAUGACAAUGAUAAAGAUGAUGAUGAUGACGAUGAUGACGAAGAUCGUGAUGAUGAUGAUGAUGAUGAUGAUGAUGAUGAUGAUGAUGAUGAUGACGAUGAUGAUGAUGAUGAUGAAAAUGAUGAUGAUGAUGAUGAUGAUGAUGAUGAUUCGGAUGAUGAUNUCGACGACGAAACGGAUGGAGGAUAUUCGGAUUAUGAUGUUUCGGACGAUGAUGAUCUUGAGGAUGAUGAUGAUGAUUCGUAUGAUGAUGAUUCGGAAGAUGAUGAUGACGUUUCGGAUGACGAUGAUGGUGUUGACGACGGUCAUGAUUCGGAUGAUGAUUCGGAUGACGAUCCUGAUUCGGAUGAUAUGGAUGAUGUAGAUGUUGACUACCAUGAUAAUGACGAUGAUGAUGUUGAUGAUUCGGAUGAUGAUGAUGUUGAUGAUGAUGACGAUAACGGUGACGAUGUUGAUGAUGAUGAUUAUGAUGAUAAUGAUGAUGUUGAGGAUGAUGAUCAUGAAGAAGAUGAUGAUGACGAUGUUGAUGAUGUUGAUAUUGAUGAUGAUGGUGAUGAUGAUUGGGAUAAGGAUGAUUCGGUCGAUGAUGACGUUGACGGUGAUGACGAAAAUACAGACGGUUAUGAUGUUGAAGAUGAUGAUGAAUCGGAUGAUGAUGAUGAAGAUGAUGAUGAAGAAUCGGAUGAUGAUGACGAUGAUGAUGAUGAUGAGGAUGAUUGUGAUGAUGGUGAUUAUUCGGGUGAUGAUGAUGAUGAUGAAGAUGAUGAUGAUGAAUCGGAUGAUGAUGACGAUGAUGAUGAUGAUGAUGAUGAUGAUGAUGAUGAUUGUGAUGAUGGUGAUUAUUCGGGUGAUGAUGCUGAUUAUAAUGAUGAUGUUGACGUUUCGGAUUGUGAUGAUGAUGACGAUGAUGACAAUGUUGAUGAUGCUUAUAUGGAUGCUGAUGGUGAUGGUGAUUCGGAUGAUGAUGAUGAUGAUGACGAUGAUGAUGAGGAUGAUGAUGAAGAUGGUGAUGAAUAUGAUGUUGAUGGUGAUGUUUGGAAUGGUAUUGAUGAUGAUGAUGGUGAUGAUGAUUCAGAUGACGAUUCGGAUAAUGACGUCUGGUAUGAUGGUGAUUAUUUGGAUGUUGAUGAUGACGAUGAUGAUGAUGAUGAUAUUGAUGAUGAUGAUGAUGUCGUUCAGGAUUCGAAUGAGGGUAAUGAUGAUGUUGUAUAUGUUGUUGAUGAUGAUGUUGACGAUGGUGAUGAUGAUGAUUCGGAUGAUGAUGAUGAUGAUGAUGAUGUUGAGGAUGGUGAUGAUGGUGAUAAUUCGGGUGACGAGGAUGAUUGUGAUGAUGAAGGUGAAAUUUUGGAUUGCGAAGAUGAUGAUGAUGAUGACGAUGUUGAUGAUUUUGAUAAUGAUGGCGAUGGUGAUGAUGAUUCGGAUGAUGAUAUUUCGGUUGAUGAUGACAAUGACGGUGAAGACGAUAACACAGACGGUUAUGGUGGUGAUGAUGAUGAUGAAUCGGAUGAUGAUGAUGAUGAUGGUGAUGAUUUGGAUGAUUCGGAUGAUGAUGAUGAUGAUUAUGUUCAUGAUGAUGAUGAUGAUGAUGAGGAUGACGGCGAUGAGGAUUCUUAUGAGGGUGAUGAUGAAGAUGAUGAUGAUGAUGAUGAUGCUGAUAUUGUGGUUUUGAUGAUGUCGAUGAGGAUUCGCAUGAUGAUGAUGAUGAUGAGGACGGAUGAUGAUGAAGUUGAUCCGGAUGGUAAUGAAUAUGAUGACGAAGAUGAUGAUUAUGAUGAUGAUGGUGAUAUUGAUGAAGUUGUUGUCCACGAUUAUGAUGAUGAUGUUUCGGUUCAUGAUGAUGAUGAUGAUGAUGACGAAGUUGAUUUGGAUGAUGAUAAUGAUGAUGAUGUUUCGAAUGGAAAUGACGAUGAUGAUCCUGUUGAACAGGAUUAUGACGAUAAUGUUGAUGAUGAGGAUGAUGAUCAUGAUGAUUCGGAUGACGAUCAUUAUGAUGAUGAAUAUGAUGGUGAUGAUGGAGCCGAUGACGACGACCAUGAUGAAGAUGAUGAGUAUGAUGAUGAUGACGAUCAUCGUGACGUUGAUGUUGAUGAUGAUGAUCAUGAUGAUGAUGAUGAAGACGAUGAUGAGGAUGAUGAUGGUGAUGAUGAUGUUGAUGAUAAUGUUGAUGACGGUGAUGGUGAUGAUGACGAUGAUCAUGACGAUCCGGAUGAUGAUGAUGAUGUAGACAAUGACGAUGGUGACAAGGAUUUUGAUGAUAAUGAAAAUGAUGAUGACUCGGAUGAUGAUGAUGUUGAUGAUGAUAACGAUGAUGAUCAUGAUGACAUGGAUGCUGAUGAUGAUGAUGCCCAUGAAGUUGAUGAUGAGGAGGAUGAUGGUGAUGAUGAUGAUGAAGUUGACGAACCGGAUAAUGAUAAUGACUCGGAUUAUGAUGAAGAUGAUGAUGAUGAUGAUGGUGAUGAUGAUGAUGAUUGGGGUGAUGAUGAUGAUGAUAAGAAUGAUGCUUAUGAAGAUGAUGAUGAAGAGGUUUUUGAUGGUAAGGAGGAUCCGCACGAUGUUGAUGAUGAUGAUGUUGAUGCUGAUGAUUCGGAUGAUGAUGAUCCUAAUGAUGAUGAUCACGAUGAUGACGUUGAUGAUGUUGAUAAAGAUGACGAUGAUGAAGAUGAUGAUGAUGAUGUUGAGGAUGACGAUGAAGAUUUGGAUGAUGAUGAUAAUGCCGAGGAGGAUUAUGAUGAUGAUGACGAUGAUGAUGAUGAUGAUGACACGGAUGAAGAUGAUAAGGAUGAUGAUGUUGAGGAUGUUAUUGAUGAUGAUAAUGAUGAUGUUGAUGAUUAUGAUGACGAUGAUGAUGAUGAUGAUGAAGAUGACGAUGAUGGCGAUGAAUCGAAUGAUGUUGAACAUACCGAUUUUGAUGAUGAUCAUGAUGAUGACGACGAUGAUGAUGUUGAUGAAUGGGAAAGUGAAGAUGAUAAUGACGAUGAUGAUGAUGAUGUUGAUGAUGUGGAUCAUGAAGAUGACUCGAAAGAUGAUGUUGAUGAUGAUGAUAAUGAUGUUGAUUCGGAUGAUGAUGGUGUUAUUCAUGAUCACGACGAUGAACCUGAUGAUUCGGAUGGUGAUGGUAAUGAUGACGUUGAUGAUGAUCAUGGUGGGGAUGAUGGUGAAGAUGAUGACGAUGUUAAUGAAUCGGAUAAUGAUGAUGAUUGGGAUAAUGAAGAUGAUUCGGCGUAUGCUGAUGAUAAUGACGAUGAUGAUGAUGACGAUGAUGCUGAUGAUGAUGCUGAUGCUGAUGAUGGUGAGUCGGACGAUCAUGAUGAUAAUGACGAUUCGAAUGAUGACGAGGAUGAUGAUGAUGAUGAUGAUGAUGAUUCGGAUGACGGCGAUGAUGAUGAUGAUGAUGAUGAUGAUGAUUCGUAUGACAAUGAUGAUGAUGAUGAUGAUGAUGAUGAUGAUGACGAUGAUGAUGAUGAUUCGGAUGAUGAUGAUGAUGAGGAUGAUGAUGAUGACUUGGAUGAAGGUAUUGAAGAUGAUGUUUAUGAUGAUUCUGACGAUUCUGUUGAUGAUGCCAAUGAUGAUAAUGACGAUAUCGACGAUGUUAAUUUUGAUGAUGAUGAAGAUGAUGAUGAUGGUGAUGAUUCGGAGAACGAUAAUGAAGAUAAUUAUGAUGAAGUUGAUGAAGUUGACGAUGAUGAUGAUUCUCAUGCUGAUGGUCAUGAUGAUGACGUUGAUGAUGAUGAUGAUGAUGAUGAUGGUUAUGUUUCGCAGAACGAUAAUAAGGAUGAUGAUGUGAAGAUGAUGAUGAUUUUGAUGAUGAAGAUGAUGAUGAUCAUAAUGAUGAUGAUGAUGAUGAUGAAGUUGAUGAUGAUGAUGAUAAGGGUGGUGCUUAUGUAUGAUGAUGAUUACUAUGAUGAUGACAGCGUACAUGAUGGUGGUGAUUGCGACGAUGCUGAUGGGGACGAUGAUGUUGAUAACGAUGAUUCGGAUGAUGAUGGUGAUGAUGAUGACGAUGGUAAAGAUGAUUACGAUGUUGGUGACGUUGAGGAUCAUGAUGAUGAGCCGGAUGAUAAUGAUAAUAAAGACGUUUUUGAUGGUGAUGAGGAUUCGCACGAUGAUGAUGAUGAUUGGGAUGGCGAUUCGCAUGAAUGGGAUGAUGAAGAAUCGGAUAAAGAUGAUGAAAAUGAUGAUGAUGAUUCUGAUGCUGAUGAUGAUGAAGUUUUUCCUGAUGAUGAUGAUGAUGAAUAUUCGGACGGCGAUGCUGAUAAGGACUUUGUUGAGGAACAUGAUGAUUUGGAGGGAGAUGAUGAUGAUGAUGAUGAUGAGGAUAAUGAUGAUGAUGAAGAGGAUAUUGAUAAAUCGCAUAAUGAAGUUGAUUCGGAUUAUGAUGAUGAUGACGAUGAUGAUGAUGAUGAUGAUGACGAUUAUGAUUCUGAUGAUAUUGAUGAGGAUUCGGAUGAUGAUGAUGAUGAUGAUGAUGUGGACGAUGAUGAUGUUCCGGAUUGCGAUGAUGAUAAUGAUGAUGAAUCGGAUGACGUUGAUCAUUCGGAUUUUGAUGAAGAUGAUGUUGAUGAUGGUGCCGAUGACGAUGAUGAUUAUGAGGAUGAUGAUUAUGAUGAAUCGAUCCAUGAUGUUGAUGAUGAUGAUGAUGAUAAUUCGGAUGAUGAUUCUGAUGUUUAUGGUCACAUGAAUGAUGAUUACCUUGAUGAUGAUGAUUAUUAUAUUGAUGACGAUGGAGAUGAUGAUUCGAAUGAUGAUGAUGAUGAUGAUGAUGAUGAUGAUGUUUUGGAUGAUGAAUCGGAUGAUGAUCUUUAUGAUAAUGAUGAUGAUGAUAAUGAUGAUGAAGAAGAUGGUGAUGACUUGGAUGACUCGGAUGAUGAUGGUAAAAAUAAGAUUGAUGAUGAUAUUUCGCAUUACGAUUCGGAUGAGGAAGCUGAUAGAGAUUUUUCUGAUGACGAUGACGAUGUUUUCUCGGAUGAUGAAGAUGACUCGGAAGAUGGUGAUUUAGAUGAUGACUCCGAUGAAGAUCAAUAUGAUUCGGAUGGUGAUGAUGAGGUUGCCGAUGAUGAUGAUGAUGUUGAUGAUGCUGCUGCUGAUGAUGAUGAUUACGAUGAUGAUGAUGGUGAUGGAUUUGUUGCUAUUGUUGCUGACGGUGAUGAUGAUUCGGAUGAUAAAGAUGACAAUGAGGAUGAUGAUGAUGAUUCGGAUAACGAUGCUGAUAAGGAUUUUGUUUAUGAUGACAAGGAUCUCGACUCGGAUAAUGGUGAUGAUGAUGAAGAUGAUGAUGAUGAUGAUGAUGAUGAUGAUGUUGAUGAUGAUGAUGAUGAUGAUGAUGAUGAUGAUGAUGAUGAUGAUGAUGAUGAUGAUGAUGAUGAUGAUGCUGAUGAUGAUGAUGNGAUGAUGAUUAUGACGGUGAUGAUGGAUGAUUCGGAUGAUGAUUAUGACGAUGAUGAUGAUGAUGAUGAUGACGAUGAAUCGGAUGGAAGAGAUGACACGGUUGAAGAUAAUGAAGAUGUUUAUGAUGAUGAUUCUGAUGAUAAUGAUGAUGAUCAUGAUGACAAUGUUGAUGAUGAUGAUGAUGUUGAUGAUGAGGAUGAAGUUGAUGAUGAUGAUGAUGAUGAUGAUGAUGUUGUUGAUGAUGAUGAUAAGAAUGAUGAUGAUCCUGAUGGUGAUGAUCAUGAUGAUGAUGAUGAUGAAGAUGAAGAUGACGAUGAUGAUGAUGACGAUGAGGAUCAUGAUAAUGAUUCGGAUGAUGAUGAUGAUGAUUAUAAGGGUGAAAAUGAAUCGAGUGAUGAUGGUGAUGAUAACGACGACGUUUAUGAUGGUGAUGCUGUUGAUGAAUCGGAUGAUGUUGCUUAUUCGGAUGAUGAUGAUGAUGACGAUGACGAUCACGGAGAUCAUGAUGAUGAAUGGGAUAGUGAAGACGAUGAUGAGGAUGAUGAUGUUGAUGAUGAUGAUGAUGUGGAUGUUGAUGAUGAUGUUGAUGAUUCGGAUGAUGAUGAUGAUGCUGAUGAUGUUGACGAUGAGCAUGAUUCGGAUGAUGAUGAUGAUGAUUUGGAUUAUGAUGAUGGUGAGUACGAUUCGGAUGCCGAUGACGAUUUCGCUAAUGAUGAUGAUGUCUGGGACGAUCAUGAUAUUGAUGACGAUGAUGAUGAUGAUGAUGAUGAUGAUGGAGGUAGAGUUUAUUCGAAGGAUGAUUCGGAUGAAGGUGAUGCCGCGGUUGAUGACGAUUGUGAUGUGGAUGCUGAUGAAGAGGACGAAGAUGAUGACGAUGAUCAUGAGGAUGAUUCGGAUGAUGAUUAUAAUGAGGACGAUGAAUAUGAUGAUGAUUGUUCUGAUGAUGAUGGUGGUGAUGAUGAUGAUGAUUCGGAUGACGAUGUUGAUAAAUCUUUUGAUGAUGAUGACGAUGACUCGGAUGAGGAUGAUGUUGAAGAUGAUGAUGAUGUAUCGGAUGAUGCUGAUCAUGGUGAUGAUGAUUCGGAAUCCGAUGAUGACUUCGAUAAUGAUGAUGAUGUAGCGGUGGUGGAUGACGAUGUGGAUGAUGAUGAUGAUGAUUGUGGUAAUGUUCAUUCGAAAGAUGUUUCGGAUGACGGUGAUGACGCGGAUGAUAAUACCGAUGAUCUCAUUGAUGAAGACGAUGACGAUGAUAAUGACGAUUAUCAUGAUAAUGAUUCGGAUGACGAUGCUAAUGAGGACGAUGAAUAUGAUGAGGAUUGUUUUGAUGAUAACGAUGAUGGUGAUGAUGAUGACGAUUCAGAUGAUUAUGGUGAUGAGGAUCACGAUGUUCAUGACGAGGAUGACGAUGAUGGUGCAGAUGAAGGGGAUGUUGAUAAGGAUGAUGAUGACGAUGAUGAUGAUGAUGAUGAUGAUAUUGUUGAUUAUGAUGGUGGUGAUGAUGAGGAGCAUGAUGAUGAUUCGGAUGAUGAUGAUGAUGAUUAUGAUGGUGAUGAUGAUUCGGAUCAUGAUGUUGAAAAUGAGGACGAUGAUGAUGAUUCGCAUGACGAUUCGGAUGACGAAGCCGAUAAGGAUUUUGGUGACGAAGAUGACGAUGUUGUCUCGGAUAAUGAUGAUGACUCGGAUUAUGAUGAUUUAGAUGAUGAUUCCGAUGACGAUCAUGAUGAUCCGGAUGGUGAUGAUGAUGUUGACGAUGAUGAUGAUGAUGUUGAUGAUGCUGCUGCUGCUGAUGAUGAUUACGAUGAUUAUGAUAUUGAUAAGGCUGAUUGGGAUGAUGAUGAGCCGAAAGAUGAUGAUGAUGAUGAUGAUGAUGAUGAAGAUGAUGAUCCGGAUGCUGAUGGUGAUGAUGAUGGUUUUUAUGAUGAUGAUGAUGAUGACUCGGAUGAUGAUGAUGAUUCGGAUGAUGCUGAUUAUUCGGAUGACGCUGACUCUGAUGAAGAUGAUGAUGAUGAUGAGGAUAAUGUUGAUGAUGGUGAUAAUGAUGAUGAUGAUGAUGAUGAUGAUGAUGAUGAUGAUGAUGAUGAUGAUGAUGAUGAUGAUUAUGAUGAUGAUGGUGAUGACUCGGAGGACGAUAAUAUAGAUGAUGAUGUGAUGACCAUCAUGAUGAUGAUGAUGAUUCGGUUGACGGAUAAGGAUGAUGAUUCGGACGAUGAUAAUGAUUCGGACAAUGAUGAUGAUGAUGAUGAUAAUGAUGAAAAUGCUGAUGACGAUGACGACGAUAAUGAGGAUACGAAUGAUGAUUCGGAUGCUGAUGAUGAUGAUGACGCGAUGAUGAUGAUGAUGAUGAUCCGGAUGACGAUGACGAUCAUGGGGAUCAAGAUAAUGACGACGAAUAUGAUGGAUGAUGAUGAUUGUGAUGAUGACGAUGAUGAUGAUGAUGAUGAUGGUGGUAGUGUUAAUUCGAAUAAUGAUUCGGAUGAAGGUGAUGACGCGCAUGAUGACGAUCAUGAUGUGGAUGCUGAUGACGGUGACGAUGAUGAUGUCGAUGACCAUGAUGAUGAUUCGGAUGAUGAUGAAGACGAGUUUGUUGAUGAUGAUGAUGGUGAAUCGGAUGAUGACGAUGACUCGGAUCAAGAUGAUUGUGAUGACGAAGGGGGUCAUGAGGAUGAUUCGAAUGACGAGGAUGAAGACGUUGAUGACGAUGACGAUGAUGUGGAUGAUGAUGAUAAUGUUGAUGAUGAUGACGAUGAUGACGAUGAUGACGAUGAUGAUGAUUCGGAUGAUCAUGAUCUUGAGAAUUCGGAAGCCGAAGAUGCUAUCGAUAAUGAUGAUGAUGUAGCGGUGAAUGGUGAUUCGGAUGACGCUGAUGAUUCGGAUGAUAAUGAUGAUGACCUAAUUGAUGAAGACGAUGACGAUGAUAAUGACGAUUAUCAUGACAAUGAUUCGGAUGAUGAUGAUGAUCAUGAGGACGAUGAACAUGACGAUGAUUAUUUUGAUGAUGAUGCUGGUGAUGAUGAUGAAGAUGUUUUUGCUGAUGGUGGUGAUAAACAAACUGAUGAUGAUGAUGACUCGAAUUAUCAUGAUUAUGAUGAUGAAGAGGGUCAUGACGAUGGCUUGGAUGACGACGAUGAUGACGGUGAUGAAAAUGCUGAUGAUUCGGAUGGUGAUGAUAUGGAUCAUUCGGAUGAUUAUGGUGAUGAUGAUCACGAUGUUCAUGAUGAUGAUGACGAUGAUGGUGCAGAUGAAGGGGAUGUUGAUAAGGAUGAUGAUGACGGUGAUGAUGAUGAUGAUGAUGAUGAAGAUGAUGAUGAUGAUGAUGAUGAUGAAGUUGAUGAUGACGAUGAUGAUGAUUCGUUAGAUGAUGGUGUUGUUGAUCAUGAUGGUGAUGAUGAUGAUGAUGAUGAUGAUGAUUGGGAUGAUAAUGAUGAUUCGGAUCAUGACGAUGAUGGUGUUGACUCGGAUGAUGAUGAUGAUGACGUUGUUGAUGAUGAUGAUGAACUUAAGAUUGAUGAUGUUUCAAUUGAUGAUUUUUCGGAUGAUGAUUCGGAUGAAGAUGAAGACAAUGAUGAUGAGGAAUUUAAUGAUGAUUUUGAUAAUGACGAAGAUGAUGAUGAUCCGUAUAAUGAUGAUGCCGAUGAAUUGGAUAAUGAAGAUUCGGAUGAUGAUUCGGCUGACAAUGAUGCUGAUGAUGCUGAAGAUGAAGAAGAUGUUGAUGAGGACGACGAUGGUGAUGUUAAUGAUGAUGACGUUUUUAAUGAUGAUGAUGAUGAUGAGGACUUUGAUGAUGAUGAAAAUGUUGAGGAUGAUGACGAUGAUCAUUCAUAUGAUGAUGACGAGUCGCAUGAAUAUGAUGCCGUUGAUGCGGAUGAUGAUGAUG